AUGGACGGCCCGACGCAGUCCAACAAAAACAUGAGCUCAGAACCGGCCGAGCAGCUCCUCGACGCCUUCAAGGCCGCCGCCCUUUCGGUGACGAGGCUAUACAAGAACUCGACCGCCGCCAACGCCAAGGCCAGAUCCGACGGUUAUCAGGACUGUCUCGAUGACCUGCUUGCCUUUCUUGACAAGGAAAGCAUCGGGCUCGGCGACGGCGAGGGCUGGAAGAUCCGCCAGUGGGCUACGGAGCGGUUGGAGGGAGGCGGCGGUGACAAUGGCGGCAGCGGAGCCCAGCAGUCAAUGGAGAGCGAGGACGACGCCGACAAGGCCGAUUCAGCUUCGUCGCCCGAGAUGCAGCGUUCCACCGUUUUGACGCCGACCUUCGCCCCUGCGGUGGCUCCUAUAGUUACGAGGACCGAUUCUGCUCCGCCGACUACAGCAAACUCGAUAGCAUUACCACCUAGGACAACUAUAUUGACGCCUGUGGCAUCCGAACCUAUGCCUUCGUACUCGACGACGCUGCCGACCCAAGACACGUUUACGUUUCAAUCAACCGUUCCCUAUCCACAGGAACCGAACCUUAAUAUCGAAUCACUGGACCUAUCCGACGCCCGGACCCAAGAGGGCAACGGUCAGCAACCAAUCUUUCCUCCGCAACAGCAAACAUCAGUAAUGUCACCGGCGCUGGCCGCCUCAAGGACGUCGAGGGGCCGACAUGGUAGCAGCACCACCAGGCCAGGAGGCAGGAGUCGACUAGGCAAAGGAGCUGGCCAGAAGCGGAGGAUCGGCGACGACCUGGCAGACAUCUUUAAUAUUGGAAGUCUGGGGUACAACGGCAAAGAUUUUUUCGGCGGCUCAAAGAGGAGUAGGCUCAACUAA